AUGACAACCCAAAUUUCUAAUAUACCAAAACCAUCAUUAGCAGAUAAAUCAGAAAUUAUUCAUAGAUGGUUAAUCGAUAAUGGUUGUAAAAUCGAUCAUAAAUUAAUAAAGAUUGUAUAUUUAGAAAAAGAUCAUUUAUAUGAAAAUAGUAAUAACAAUAAUAAUAAAACUACUAAUAAUGAAAAUAAUAAUAAUGAAAAUAACUCAAAAAGAUUAAAUAAAACCAUUAUUUCAGGUUUGGGUAUUAUUAGUAACAAAGAUUUAAAAGUUAAUAAUAUUGUUGCAAAGAUUCCCAAAGAUAUUAUAUUAUCGAUUCACACAUCAUCAAUAUCAAACAUUUUAACAAAAUAUACAAUGGAAAGAAAUAUUGCAACAGCUAUAGCAUUGAUUUAUGAGGCAUCUAUUGGAGAAAAAUCAAAAUGGUAUGGGUACAUUUCAUCACUCCCACUUAAAGUAGAUAUUCCAAUUCUUUGGGACAAAGAAUCACAACAACUAUUAAAUGGAACCGUUAUGGAAGAUGUUAUUCAAGAUGAUAAUAUUUUAAUUAACCAUGCAUACGCAGAUAUCGUAGAAAGUUUAUUAAUAAAGAAUCAUCCAGAAUACUUUAGCAAAGAAAUAUUUAGUUUUGAAAAUUUCAAGAUUGCAAAUUCAAUUGUAUCAUCAAGAGCAUUUUGUAUUGAUAGUUAUCAUGGUGAUUCAUUGGUACCAUUAGCCGAUAUUUUUAAUCAUAAAACUGGUAGAGAAAAUGUUCACAUCGAAUCGAAUGGUGAUGUUUGUAAUAAAUGUGGCUCCAUUAAGACCUGUAAACAUAGAAAAGUUACUCCAUUAAUAACAAAGAGCGCAAAAUCCUAUAAAAAACUUACAAAUAAAAAGAAAAUGGAACUUAUCGAAAAACAAAAGCAACAACAAAUAAACGAUGAAGAAAAUUGUGGCGAUAUAGCAGAAGAGGAUGAUGAACACCUUUAUAUUAAAGUUGUUAAAGCAGUUAAAGCAAAUCAAGAAGUUUAUAAUACCUAUGGAGACCAUAGCAACGCCACACUCCUCAGUAAAUAUGGUUUUAUCGAGAUGGACAACCCAUGUGAUAAUUUACCAGUUGAAAAAUCACUAGUAGAUACCAAUUUAAUUUCUUUAUGCAAAGAGAAUGGUUUCGAUUCAAAUGAAUUAUCAAAACGUAUUUCAUUUUAUGCAUCACUUUUCGAUAUAGAUUCAAGAAAUACUCAUUCAAUCGAAAUUUCAGGAAGAUUAGAUGAUGCUUUGGUUUGUUCAGUCGGUAUUGCCUUAGCUCCAUUAUCUGAGUUUGAAGGUUGGCUCAAGAUGUCAGAACAUAAAUUGGAAAAGUAUUUCGAAAAAUUAGAAGCUGAAGAUAUUGUUAAACAAAAUGCUCAGGUUAAAAAAGCAAUCGUUCAAAUUUUAAAUAAUAAGCUUUCAAACUACCCAACAACUUUGGAACAAGAUCAAAAUAAAUUAAAGGAACUAAAAGAGAACGAAGAAAAUAGAAAAAUCAUUUCAACAUCAUUAAAUAUAUGCGAAAAGAAACUAAUUUAUAAAUCAAUUAAAUACUAUGAAGAUUUAAAAUAA